AUGUCUUUGUCAAUCUCUACUACACUCCUUUCCACCUUACACCUACAAAUCUCACAAGUGAGUGUUGCGUGUGUGUGCUAUGCUACGAGUCAUGAAAUUAACGGUUUCAGUCUGCAAUUUGGGCAAAAAUGGAAGUUAAAGGGAAGAGAAUUAACUGGUCAAGUAUGUUGUAUUAUAUAUAGAUGGUCGAGGAUAUAUCAUUUAGCGCGAUUCAACUAG